AUGAAAGUUUUUAUUGUAACCGGUGCCAAUAAAGGAAUUGGGUACGGAAUUGUAAGAAAUUUAUUGAAGCUCGUUAAAGAAUCUACCAUAUUUUUAACAGCUAGAAAUGGAGAGCUCGGUUUAAAGGCAGUAGAUGAAGUUUUAAAGGAGGUUGGGACAAUGAAGGACUCUUCAGUAGAUUUAAAAUUCCACCAACUUGACAUUACUGAUGAAGAAAGUUGUAAGAAAUUUAAAAAUUAUUUAGAAAAUGAAAAAUAUAAAAUUGAUGUUCUUAUUAAUAAUGCUGGUUUUGCCUUUAAUAUUGAUGCUACUGAGUCACCAUUAAUUCAAGCAAAAUCAACUAUUGGUAUUAAUUAUUACGGAACUAAAAUGGUUUCGAAAUAUUUAAUUCCAUUGAUCAAAGAUGAGGGAAGAAUUGUAAACAUUUGUAGUAUGUGUGGUAAGAUGGCAGGUUAUUAUAGUGAAGAAAAAAUUGAAUUGUUUAAAAAAAAUACCUAUACUGAGGAGGAUAUUGAUAGUUUUGUAGAAAAAUACAUAGCAUCAUGUGAACCUGAUGUUAGAACUACUAAUGGUUAUCCAUGCUCAUCUUAUAGAGUAUCCAAAGCAGCUGAAAUUGCCUUGACAAUGCUUUAUCAUAGACAAUUAAUGGAUAGAAAAAUUAGAGCUAUUGCAUGCUGUCCAGGGUACGUUGCUACAGAUAUGACAAAUUACAAAGGACCAUUAACAAUCGACGAAGGAACUGUAACACCAUUGUAUUGUGCUCUUAAUGAUGACGCUCCAAGUGGUGAAUUUAUUGAACAUUGUAAAGUUUCCAAAUGGCUUAGUUAA